UCGCUACGGUAGCACGGAGCACAUCACAAACUUUACCGAGCACCGUGUAUCUGCAAGCUGUGGUUUGCAUUUCAAGUUUCAACGGAAUUAAGUUUUAAUAAAUCAAUUAUAGUUGAAUUAUUUGCUAUAACGUUGAAUAUUCUUAAAGUGAAAAUGGUUUUAGCAGAACGCAACUCAGAAAAUGUUAGAAAUGGUCGAAGAUCAAGAGGUCCCAGCCCUAAUGGACAGACGGAAUCUUCAAGCGAAGAAGACGGAGUUCCAGCUGAAAAGAUACGUGUUGGCCGAGACUUUCAAGUUAUAGUACCAGAAUUUGUUCCUAUCAACGAACGCAGACUGGAUCAAUGCCCUGAUAGAGCUUUGCUGGUUUGGUCUCCUACUACUGAUAUACCAGAUCAGAAAUUGGAUGAAUAUAUAAUAUUAGCAAAAGAAAAAUAUGGGUAUAAUGGUGAGCAGGCUUUGGGAAUGUUAUUUUGGCAUAAACAUAACUUAGAACGUGCAGUAUUAGAUUUAGCAAAUUUUACACCAUUUCCUGAUGAGUGGACUGUUGAAGAUAAGGUGUUAUUUGAACAAGCAUUUCAAUUUCAUGGGAAGAGUUUUCAUCGUAUUCGACAAAUGUUGCCUGAUAAGUCAAUUGCCAGUCUUGUAAAAUAUUAUUAUAGUUGGAAAAAGACAAGAACUAGGACAUCAUUGAUGGAUAGACAGGCAAGAAAAUUAACAAGCGGUGGGAAAGAAGGGGAAAAUGGCAGCGAGAAUGGAAGUGAGUUAGGCUCAAAUACAGACAGCGAAUCUGAAGAAAAAAAAUGGACGAUCCACCGCGGAAUACGUCGUGGAAAGAACCAAGCUGUGCCAGGAAGCCAAAGCACUGACGCUAAGGCCCCAUCCGACUCGGAAAACGCCCCUCAGGUUCAGGGCUCGUGUAGCAACUGUGGCGUCGCUUGCAAUAGUGUACGUGCGACUCCCAAGGGACACGCGUGUCAUAGCUGCUAUCUGCACUGGAGGCGCACUGGUGUAGCAAGACCUCUAAGUUCUAUGCCAGGUCGUACAAACAAAAGAAAACCACCUCGCGGAUUGGUUGUAAAUCAUGAUGACUUGGCAGCAUUGGCUGGUCAACCAAAUCAAGCUAACAAUAGCUUACAAGCUAUCGACACAGAGAUUGUUAGCCUAAAACGUCAAAUACAGUCAAACAAGCAACAAGUAAGUGCUUUAAAACGUAAGACAACUGAUGGGAUAGAUGAUUUACGACCACCAGAAGUAUCCAAUCGUAUAAAUGCACGAUGGACGAAUGAUGAACUACUGUUAGCUGUUCAAGGAGUUAGAAAAUAUGGCAAAGAUUUCUCUGCAAUCGCUGAUGUAAUUGGUACUAAAACAGAAGCACAUUUACGGUCAUUCUUCGUAAAUUAUCGACGAAGGUACAAUUUAGAUGCCGUUCUAAAAGAAUAUGAAGCUGAGAAUGGUCCGAUACUAAUAGAUGAUGAUAAAGAAGAAAAGAUGGAUGUCGACCAACCAAAUGAAGUGGCAGAGUCGUCACAAAAAGCAAAAACAUCAAGUGGUUUAGGACAAACUGCAAAAUAACGAAUGAUUCUACUAAAUACCAAAUGUGACAAAGUUAAUUUCAGGGUUUCUGAAAGUCGACGUUAAUACAUAAAAAAGAUACUUGUUUGGAUUAAUUUUUCGAUUUUACACGUACUUUUUGUUAAUAAUUAUAGGUGCGUAUACAAAAGAACAUGCAUAUGCACAUUUGUACACAUAUGCAAAUAUUAGAAAUAUAUUUGCGGGUUAGUUACUAAAUCAAAGAUAUUUUAAAUGUUAUGACUUUGCAAACUUUAGUAAUUUGUAAACAUUUCAUAAAUGAAUGAAUUCAUUUUCUCAAUCUGUAAAAGUUUUUAUUGGUAUAGAUUAUCAUAAACUGAAUUAUAUUUCAAAUUAAUAUAAUGAAUAUAAAAAGUUAUGAUCUCUACCGAUAUGAUACGAAAUUAAUUUUAAUAAGUGCACAUGUGUUAUGCAAUGAAAAAAAUUAUAUAAAUUACAAUUAUCAUAAAAUGUAUUUCUAUAUGUGUGUGUUUGAUUUUGCUAUAGAUACGAGGGUCUUAUGAUGUAAAUCACUUUUUCUACGUUAGAAGUAAUUUUUUAUUUAUACCAAAUAAAACAGAAGAAUGAUAUAAAUUAGUAAAAAUUAACAACAAAAAUAUUAAUGACAAUAUUUCAUUUUUAAUUAUGAAAUUAUGUAAGUAAUCUUUUAUUGUGAGAUGAUUAUGUUAUUUAAUACUAAAAUUAUAUCAAAAGACAUUGUUUUAUCAUGACAGAAUAAUUGAAAAACAGAAUUGUCAUUUUAAAAUUAUUUGAAGUGAUUAUGAAGAUUCACCUAUUAUGUACUUCUUAAUUUAAAAGGUCUCAAAAAGUAUGCGCAUUGCAUCACAAUGGCAGAUUUAUUAUUAAUUUUACAAAAUCGUAAUAUAGUUAUAUAUAACAGAAAUAUGAAUUUUCAAUGAUUUAUAUUUCUGAUUUCGUUAACAGAAUUAAUUGUAAUUAUAAUUUAGCGAUAAUUUUAUGUAUUGUAAUCACAUUUACUUAUUUGUAAUGAUAUCUGUAAUUAUAUUAUUUAACAACCUAUUCAACAAGUAUCAAUAUUUUUAAUAUUAAUGCACUUUUUAAUAAUAAUAAUACAUAAAGAAUAUGCAUAUGUGCAAGACAUUUGCAAAAGGAAUCGUUCUUAAAUAACUAAGUAAAUAUGCUUUGUUAGUGGUAUUGAAUGUUAUUAAUUACAGACAAGCCUCGUCAAGGAAUAUAAUUGGACAUAUCAAUGAGAAAACGUGUCAAGUGUACAGUGAAUAUAUGCUUUUACUUGAAUAAACUAUCAAAGAAUGACUGUAAUCUCUAAAUGCUAUGUAUAAAGACUAUUAACAUUA